CAGCGGCACAUAAUGUAAAGCCAGCUUACAAAAGGUCAGCCUUGGCCACGCGUGAUUAUGUACCGAGCACAAGUACACUGCGGUUAUAGCCGUGCAUAAUAACCAUACUCGAGUGUCGCCAACAAUACAGGGAGAGUGUGCUGCACAGAACGUAAAAUAUUGUACAUGUACAUGCGGAAACUGAAUGUUGACCUCGAGCAGUAAAAGUACUACUACUAUAGCUCAGCUCAACGCGACUGAUACUCUGCUGUGCUUGAUAACAUCUUAUUCCUCCAUGAUAAUAUGGAGUCUAGGUCGAAAAGGUUAAACUUCUCGGUGCUGGAGAGGGACGUCUUGCUACGUCUGAUCGAGGCGAACAUCGAGAUCGUCGAGUCGAAGAGAAACGACGGGAUGACGGUGCGACGGAAGGACGCAGCCUGGUCUCGGAUCGUGGCCGGGUUCAACGCUGAGCACAACGUGGUCAAACGGACGCACCGCCAGCUCCGUAAAUACUGGAACAACCUCAAGAUGCGGGCCAAGAAAUCCAUGAGCUCUAACGGGUACUCCACGCUCAACUUGCCCACCGCGGGAUCGGUGGCGCUGCGCAUGGGGAAAUCUAACUCCCGGAGUCCUGGUAUCCCUAACAAGACACCGGAUGGAAUGGUUUCAAACGGGGCUUGCGCAACCACCAGUGGCCGUAUGCCAUCGUCCUCUCUUGGGACGGUUGUGGUCAAAAGUGAGCCCAAGGACGCGUGGUCUUACCAGGAGCAGCAGAGUCAGGAAGGGAAGGAUGGAGCGGAGCUGUGCUCGCCAGUUCCGCUCACCGAAGGAGGCCAAGAUGACGAGGAGGUGGACGAACAUCCCGGGAGAAGCAACGGUGAGGUGACAGACCCAGAGGCGGAGUUCGAGGAUGUGCAUGAUUCGGAUGAUGAGGAGAUAGGAGAGGUUUUCCACUGCGAAGGCGACAGCGAUUACAGACACGAAACAGCCGCCGGGGUGAUGAGCGACUUCGACAACCCCAGCAGCCACCAUCAGUGGACGGCGAUGGACUACGCGCGCAACGAACACGAGGCCAAGAUGGCGCUGCUGACCGUCCAGAUGGAGACGGCUCACGAGCAGCGAGAGCUGGCCCGUGAGGUACGAGAACAGACGAGACAGCGCCACCGGCUCGAGAUGCAGGUGCUGGAGGAGAAGCGACGAUACCGGAGGAUAAAGAUGAACGCGCUGACUCCACACGGACACUCGCUGGUACACGGUACCCACGAACCAAGAGCCCUAGAGCCCAAACAGAAGACUUCACUGGAUAAAGCUUAGACACCUACUUCCGGACAAGGGCCCAAUUUCAUGUCGCUGCUACGUACUAGGCACACGAUUUUCUGCUAACAGAGCCUCUAUUUUCUGCUAACAGAGCCUAUUAUUCAGAGCCUAUAUUCAGUGGAGCAGUAAAAGGAAAGCGCAAGCAUGCAUAACCGAACAAAGUUCAUGAAUUGGUUAGGUCACAAUAGAAAUCUCCAUGCCCCCCCCCCCCCCCCCCCAUACACACACACCAAAAUACUGAUAAUGUCCCUUUUCCUUCCCCAACCAAAAAUGUAUUUUUUUUGUAAGUUGUAUUUUUCUUUAAGUAAGCAAAAUAAUUUAAAAUAGCUCUAUGGGGGGGGGGGGCACAUAUUGCAAACGUCCUAAAUUGCAGUUUUUCCCAGUUGGGCCCCAUAAUGCCUCGUUAUAUCCAUUGACAUAAGAAAUUGUAAACAGUAAGCGUUUUGCUAACUUAAAAAAAAAUACAACUUAAUAUAGCUCUAUGGUGCCCCCAUGAUAUUCGUGUGCCCCCCCCCCCAAAAAAAAUUCUAGCUUCGUCACUGAACCGUUAGCACAUCCACACCAUGAAAUAGUGCUUAAAUUUAGCACAUUUAUCUGUUAAUAUUUUAAGCACAACUUUUCUGUUGUUAAGCUGUGUUAUGAAAUUGGGCCAAGGCCACAACCCCCACCGUACUAUAAUUUGCCAUGCAAGCCGAUGUUAACUUAAACGCAAAUGCAGAAAGGGAUGUCAACGAUUUCGAAAGUCGAUAAUAAUGGCUUAAUCUGUAAA